CACUUUCACUUGGCGAGAAUUAUUUGAGCGAUUUGUUAAUUUUCUUACUUUGUCAAGCAAAAAAUUGCACCUUGCAUUAUUUAUUUACCAAAGUAGCAAUUUAUUGUAUGAAAAUUACUGAGGAAUUUUUUUUGCGCCACAGUUAUAAAGUUGAGCUUUUGCAAAAAAAAACUGUCCGAAAAGAUAAAAGAAAGAAAGAAAGAAUUUAUUUCUCAUUAUAUCCAUAAAUCAUUAUAAAUUUUUACGAAAAAUGAAUUUUUCUUGUCUUACAAGUUACAAAUAAAAUUGAUUUGAUUCAAUCUAUGAGAAUUUAUUUUGAUUAUUUCAAAUUUUAUAGUUAAAAAUUUUGAAGGAGUAUUCUGCAUUCUUUUUUUUAAAUAGCAACUGCUAACUGUGUCGUCGUAAUACAGCCAUUUAUGCAGCACAGCCCUUGCACCUUGACCUUACUGCAGUGCAUUGGGUGAGUGGGCGGUUUCGAUGAACUUGGACGCUUCUGUAUGUGCUGGAAACAGGUCAUCAACGGACACGCCAGUGGAGGAAAUGGGGUCUGUAGUGAAUCUGGCUGCUGAGAUGGCCGCCAACAAGCGUCUCUACUCGUUGAAGAUGGAUGACGGGGGCGGGGGUGAUGUGCACAUGAACAUGAACAGCGUGGGCUGUAAAGCAGACACCAAUGCAAACUCCACCACCGAUGGCCCCCCUCCCCCUCUCCACUGCCACUCGCAGUCGCACUCGUCCUUUUUGGCCAUGGGGAUGGGGGGCUAUGAGGAGGUGGCCAUCCAGACAGAAAGCGUGGACAACUGUGAGCCAUGUGAGACUGGAUCCCACCUCCUACUGGAGGGAGUGGUCUGGCACGAAACUCAAGAUGGAGUGCUGGUGGUGAAUAUCACGUGGAGGGGGAGGAGCUACGUGGGAACUCUGCUGGACCACACGCGCUAUGACUGGGCAUCCGGAUCCACCAGCUACUGUGACCCACCUGAAGAAAAGCGUGCAGCAAAAGGGCGCAAUACCAAUAACUCAAAUUCAUCAUUUUUGAGUUCCUUUCCUCUGCCCACGAGGAGAAACUCUAGCGCGAGUUUAGCAAAUGCAAACUCGGUGACGGCGGCGAAUACAACCACGUCCUCAACUUCGGGAGGGGGACGGACAACUAACAACUCGAUCGCGGCAGAAUACGACGCCCAUGCCAAACUACGUGUUCAAGCAGUUUCUCCCUUAGUAUCCUCUUCAGGGAACAACGUCUACAGUGCCUCUAGUGGUGCUCCAGCAGGUACUAUUCAGCAAACGCCCUCAGGAGCUAAAGGCAAAAAGGGUUCCCAAGCAACCGGAUCCAGGACUCCUCCGCCCCUGACGAUAGUCGAGGAGCAGCAAUUGCAAUAUCAUCACAAUAGCUCACUAAAUAAUGGUGCUACUGCUGGGACAAGUAACGUCUCUGCUACUAGUGCUACGGGCGUGAAAAGAAAGUCCGAGAAAAAUUGCGGGGGAGGGGAUGGUCAGAACGAGAACAAAACAGGGAAGAAACCGCGAGUAACUAUCACUAACUACGGUGCUAACAACGAAACCACUCUCACUACUAUAAUAAGUAGUCCCAUGACUAAUGUGGGUCAAGAUAUUAUGUGGAAGUGUUCACAGGGAUCAUGCAGUAAAAAGUACAAGCAUAAAAACGGACUUCGGUACCAUAUCACGCACGCGCACGCAAAAAGCGAGGAGGAAGCUGACGUGUUAAUUGAGAAUGAAAUGAACAAGCACAUCGCAGCCAAUGGAGCCACAGUCACGACUGAAAUGGUCCCAGCGGCUGCUUCUCAAGAUGAUAGUUUUAGCGACAGUGCUGCUGUGCUUAAAAUGGCGUCUCCCUCUGGUAAAAGCAAGAAAGGAUCCAGAAAAAGCUCAACGGCGGCUAAAGAUAAGAAGAAGCCGCGACGGGAAUCAGAGGACAGCACGCCAUCGAGUAGUGAGCAGGGAUCGAACAGCGUGUCAGAUGUUGACAGCGCAAUUGCAGCGACCACAACAACAAUCAUUGAUUCUAAAUCCGAAGCUAUAGCUGCAGGUUCAGUAUUGAUCAACUCUGAAGUCAAAGAGGAACAAAGUUCGCCAAUUCAGACGAGUAGCACUAUAUCGCCUAAAAACAAACUGGCAAGGAAUUCUAGCCUGCCUCCGCUACAAGGAAACGACCCAAGCAGUCAGCCUGGAGGUAGAAAAGUUGCUAAAAUUGCGCCGACAGCGCAUGUGGGUCCAGACGCUGGAGGAAAACUUUUUGAACAAAUGAAAAUUCAGACCGGAGAUGGAAAUAGAAAAGUAGGUUGUUCCGAUGUAUCAGGGAACCAUCUGAAUGAAAACAGUGUUUUCAGAAACAUGCCGCAUUCGCAGCUAUCUAGUUUUCCCAUCCAAACGCCAAUGUAUCCAUUCGGUGCAGUUGAUCCAAAGCUCUACACAAACUUAGUGGGUUCGCAAUUUAGCCCAAAAAGCGAUUCUGCAAUAAAUGCUCCAUCACUGGAAGGCUAUGGCUCCAAUGCAUUGAGUCCACGAUCGCCCAAACCGGAAGGAACGGCUGUCCGAAUAGUGCAUCCGCACUCACAACUCAUGCCAACAGGUCAUGUCAAUCCAAUCGUGCCACAGCAUUCAGCGCCACAACAGCAACAGCAAUGGGGACAACACGUUGCCAGUGGUUUUGUGGGGCUACAGUUGCAACAGCCAUCGGGUGCGUUUUCUGGUGGCCAGACUGAGAUCUGUGCCGGAUUGAGAAUGGCGGACAACCAGACGCACAUGACCAAGUAUAUGGAAGCAAACGCGCAGCAAAUAGCCGAGUCGACUGCAGACUCAAUAGUUUCGACGGUGAACUCGUCGGCAUCUCGACAUCACUCAGCCCAUAGCAGCACUCCGACGAAUGCGUCUUCGUUGCCGCCGAUCGCCUCACAUCAUGUGCACAACCACAUACACAACUAUGUGGGCUUUCCUCCCCCUCCUCAGAUGAUGCAGCAGCAGCACACCCUGUCAACUGCACCAGUAGAACGUUUGGGGAGCUCAGAAUCUCAAGCACAGAAGGCGGUACUGAAAGGAGGCGCCAAUAGCUUCUCGGCCAGGCAAAACCAUCAGCAGAUGGCCAACAUUCCAGCAGUGGGGGGUUCUCAACAGAUGCAUUCACAGACACUACAUACACAACACAUGCAGACAAGUAGUGGCCCAGAGUCGCCUUUGUCGCUCCAGACUCACUGCAUAACCUCGAGUGCUGCUGCAGUUACUAUGGCGUCCGCUGGUGGUCACGAAGGCUCAAUUGCCCAGACAACAUCUCCAGAAUUCUCUACAGUAAAUCAAGGUCGACCAUUGGCACCCGUGUCGCCCUACAAUGCCAAUGCGAGAUGAACUGCACAAUAGAAGAGCUAAUAGAGCCAGACGUUUACUGAUAAGUUUAAAUGCGAUGCUCCCAGUUGCAGAGACAUUGGAAGGAAAAGAGAAAAAGCUACGCGUGUCAGUGCCUUGUUACCAACAAUGCAAAAUACCCGAACCACUUAGUGCUUCAAACUGGUUCAAGAGUAGACUGAAAGUGAAAACUUAAGUAAUUUAUGUUCAAGUUAUACCUCGUUAGUGACCAAGGUUCUGCUCUACGGUAUUUGCUGUAUCUAGUUUCUAAAGAUUCUUAUCUUUUGCCACUGAAAAGUGUCAAAACAUUUUAUAUAAUAUUUGUCGUUUUAGUUUAUGCCAAUUGACAUGAAGUUGUUCUCUUUCAUAGUACAUUUUAUUCUUCA